AUAUACGAUCAGCUGUUUGCGUUCAAAAGUUUUUUUCAGUUGGCAAAAGAAGCUCCACAAACUCUCUCUAUUCUUUACAUAAUUAGUGUACUAGAGACGAAAUCCUGAGUGAAAAGAGGAACCAUUAGACAAGAAAAGGAAAAAAUAAGGAGUCGCCAUGGCUGCAUUGUCGGAAUUUAAGACUAAGAGGAAAUAUGAUCCCGAAGCAGUGUCCCUCUCAUCAUUUUUAUCAGGAUCUUGGGAUGCAUAUCACUUAGUGGACUAUGAUCCCCCUCUGCCAUUUACUGUAGGAGAUGUCAGUGAGGCCAUGGAUGUCUUCAGAAAGGUUUACAAGACCAGUGUCAUUGUAAAAUCACACCCUGAACUCAUUCUGUGGGAGCUGCAUCUAGAGAGUAAGAUUAAAAGAAUGAAGAUAAUACAUAGUGGUGAAAGGGUGGCAGGCAAACAAGCACCCUUUACAAAGUUUCGUUUUGCAGUAAAUGUUGAAUAUGAGCUGCUUUUUGCAAACCGAAGUAUCCCCGGCGGGAUCUUCAAGAAACUGUGCGAGGGCUUACACUGUCAGGACUUGAAAGCACUCUCAUUGAAUCACAGUGACCCUGUUAAUCUCCUCAUGUUAUACAGACAGGCCAAUAAGAGGUCACCAGGAGCGAUAAAGCUUCAGUACCAAGAAAAAAAGAUUUCGAGAAUUGAUCAGAUCCUCUCCGGAUUUUCCUUAAGUAAUGAAACAGAACCAGUGAAUGACAUAGCCAAGGAAAUACACCUCAAGCUCGGCUGCAAGACAGAUGAAAUUCCUUGCCUCAGGAAGCUCACAGCCGAGGUAGAGUCCAUGCCUCUCAAGACCAAGACUGCAGAACUGAAAGGCUUCAGAUUGAAGAAUGUUGACAUAGAAUUGUCUGGCGCGUCCACUUAUCACGUCUACGUGUACCUGGCAGAAAUGGGCAUCAUCAAAGACAUUCCAAGCUGGGUGACUGAAACCAGAGAGAAGGGGAAGACCCAUUGCAAAGCCAAGUUCUCCUAGUGGUUGUCCAUUUGCUUUUCUUAUUGAUAGCCUUCACUGCCAAGACCAAUCAGUAUGAGCUCUUAACAAGUGGAGUAAUGCAGUUUGAUUUUCUUCUUCAUACUUUCCUUUAUUUCUUUUCUUAGUAUUUCUUUCUUUUUUAUAUAUAUUUUAGUUUCUUUUCUUCUUACUACUAUCGUCUUUCUUAUCUUAGAAACAUGUAUCCCAACUUGAGCAGGUUUCACAAUUUUUCGUAUGAAUUCUCUUUAGCUAUUUUUUUUUAUUGGUAGAAGAAUGCUAGAAAUUUUCCUCACAUAUUGGUGCCCGUAUUGCUUUUAUGUGAAUGUGACUUAAUUUCUGUCUCUAGGUAACUAGGAAUGAUUAUAGAUUUGAUUUUUUCCUAAUUUUUCUUCUCUUCAGAUAAACACAGUCCUUCAUUUCAGAUUUUAAAAUUUUGGAGGCAAAGAUUUUUGGAAAAAGACAUUUGUAUGAUUUUGCAUAAUUUUUGUUAUUUUACAAUUUUUCAAUCUUGCAUUUAGGAAUUCACAGAGCAGUAUGAUAUAAUCACACUGCAUUUGUUGUGCUUUUUCUUACAAAAAAGAGAUAAAUAAGUCAUUGGAAUCCAUCACUUGUGUUGAACAGUUUGGUGAAAAGUAAAUAAGGAAAUGGUUGAUUUCUUAUUUUCAUGUUAGAUUAGUAUGUGCAAAUAUGGUUCUAUAUCAUUGUAUAGCAGUUCUCCUUUUCAUGUGUGUAUUUUUUCUGCCAUUGUUUACAUUUUUUUAUACAACAUUUUUAGAAUGUUAAGGAAGUAUUUCUUGUAUAUUUUUGAUAUGAUCAAACUGUCCAUUAGCAUUCAAGUUUGUGACUAAACUUUUUAUAAUGUGGGUUGUAUGAAUCCAGCAUCUCAUAUUGGCAGUUUCUUAUAUUUCAAUAAAGAUAUUACUAAU